AUGAAUCAGGCGGUUAAUGACCCUCGCCUUUGCUUUAGCAUUGAUAAUAUUCGCGCUUUCCACCUGCAAAAUGGAGAGGAAUCGGAGCUCACGACAUCGGGGCCGCAAACUCUCUCCCUGUUAAUGGUGCCUACCAGUUCUCCUUCGCCAGACCCCAAUAAUCCCCAGUGCACGGAAGAGGACUUUUACCUUCAUUUACACCUUCCCCCAGAGCUAGAAUUGCCUCUUCCUGCUACUACCCAGAUCUACCAUCAACCCCCGAAUAGCUAUCUUAUACCGCGCUGGGAUUUGGGCCCCGAGGCCGGCGCCUUCACGAGGAUCCAAUUCCCUCCAGUCGGUACCGGGCCUGGAACAGUCAGCCAGGAAGAUGUCGAUACUUUUGAAACAAUUCUAGCGCAGUGCACUGCGUUCCUUGAACGAUCAGUUCCUCCGAACUACCACGAGCCAUACAAUCCGGCUACUUUUGGUUCCGGCGAAGGAUACGUUGGGAGUGGAAAGGAGAAACAGAAACCAGGACAUGGACAGAUUGUUCUUGUUGAUGAAGAAAAUGGAAGUGUCGUGGGUGAACUAUCUCAGGGUUUCAACCUGACCGAAUCACCGGACGUCAAGCCCGGUUCAAAAGACCCUGUCCAAAUUGAGCUACCAGGUCAUGGUGAAGGCAAUCAGAUAAAUGUCAGUAAUGCGCCUCCGGAAUACCUCCGACUCGCGAGCCAUCCAGUAUAUGCCAAAUCAACCUUGGUUCAGAAUGCGGCUGCAGCAUCCAGACUGCUUGUGACCACAUCUUUACAAAUUUCCAAUGCUCUUCAAUCGGGAGCCGACUCCUUCACCAAGAAAACCAAGCCAAACGCGAAACCGAUGACUUUUUCACCGACUACUCAAGCACAUAUCAGGAGAAUCAACACUAUAUCAAGCUCCGCAGCCUCCUUGUCUGCCAAAACCGUAGGACAAAUUGGGAAAUACGCUCAGAACAUCGGUGCCUCCAUGUCUCGAAAGGGCGAGAGGGACACUAGGCCUAAAGGCUUUGACAAAGAUGGGAAACCAAUUUACAACUACAAACCAGGAAUUUUGAAUAAAUCGCUCAUCGCAUUCAGCACCCUUGGAGAUGGAAUCGAACAAAGCGCCCGCAACCUUCUGGAAUCCGGGUCACUAGCAGCCACCACAGUGGUCGGCCAUAAGUACGGCGAUGAAGCGAGGGCUGCAACGUCCCAUCUCACUGGCGGCGUUAAGAAUGUCGGGCUAGUAUACAUCGAUGCCUCCGGCGUGUCACGCAGAGCGAUCCUCAAAUCUGUGGCAAAGGGAAUGCUCGUCGGCCGUAUGCAUGAUGGACAACAGGGUCAUUGUCCGGGGGCGGUGAUGGCGGGCAGAUUCCCUUCGGGCAUCGACCUGUCUGGCCAAGGUCAGAAGCCGGGGAGUGGUAAUUUGUCCACUGGUGCGCUUAAUUAUCCGCGUGUGCCUUCGCCUUCUCCUACGCCUCCGCCGGCAUACGGCGCUAGGGGUGGUGUAUCUCUAGGCGGUACGCCGAUGCAAGGAUCGAAGCGAUGA